UCUUCGUUCGUUAAGUUUUUAGUUCUGUGGCAACAGUUUCCCCCGUAAGGACAUCUCAAGUAAUACUCACAAGGAUUUAGGAUUUUAACCUUACCAAAUCAAAAUUAGCCGAAAAAAUUAUAAUCGCACCGCGAAAAGUCGUCGGUGGUGAAAUUUUGCGUUGGAUGAUUAUUAUUUGUUUUGGAAGUGAGCGGAACGAAACGACAAGUGCAAUCGCAUCAUCACCAUCAUCAGCAGCAUUCAAAAAUUCAAAAGUGCGCUCCCGUGCCGCCUAGGAACCUAGGAAUUGCGCAAAGCUAAGCGAACGCGCAAAAAUUGAUAACACCGCUGAAGAACGGGGAAAAAAUUGAAGUAAUUAGCUCGCCUCUCUCACCGAAAUUUCGGCAAAAAGAGAAUCAUCAGAGCUGUUUAUAUAUGUGAUAUUACCCCCAAGAGUAGACGGCGAACGCGAAAAAACUAUAUACAUUAAAAAGGCAACUACACCAUUCGCAAAAUGUGAAAAAGUAAAAACGAUUUUUUCGUCUUGACUGUGGUGGAAGUUUUCUAUCCUUUUUUAUUACUGCAGUACAUGCUCUAUUUUUCGCAUUUUCGUACCACUGGUUACAAUAUUUAGUUUGUGCUCUGUGUGUCGGCAUCGUCAGGAGAGUCGAUGCACGAAGGAGAAAAAAUGGCAUCCGUAAUACCUCAUUUUCUGCAUUUCUAAGUGACUCAAACUGACUGUGUUAAUAAUUUUACAGUGCAAUUGAUUCCGCGCAAGAUAAUACGAGUGAUACGAUUGUUGUAGAGUUCUGUGUGUAGCUCAUAUAAACCAAACCUGGAUAGGGAAACCGUUGGAACCCAUGUUACCGUGAAUUCAAAUAUGCAAAACACCAUCCCAAAGUGCAUCAACAUGGAAUAUCAACUAUCGUCGGAAUCAAGUCGUUAUUUUGACGGAUAUUUACCGCUCUCGGAAACAGUUGUGAAUAGUGUUGCAAAAAUGCAGUGACAUCACCGUCUUACGCAGAAAUCGACCGACCAAGCCAUGCGUGUGCCAAAAUUCGUUGUAUAACUAUCAAAAAAAAUCGUUGGAUAAAAAGCAGUCAAAUCGGGGUACGAUAAGUGUAUACUUCACAGGAUCUUUCGGCACAUCUUAUAUAACACCGGCGAUUGCUGAGCGCCAACAAAACAGAAAGAAAAAAAACCCAUAAAAUGGUCGACACACAGCAUUUUUGCUUGCGAUGGAAUAACUAUCAAAGCAGCAUUACCUCUGCUUUCGAAAAUCUGCGAGACGAUGAAGACUUUGUCGAUGUGACGCUGGCAUGCGACGGGCGAAGUCUCAAGGCACAUCGAGUCGUCCUGUCGGCCUGCAGUCCCUAUUUCAGAGAAUUGCUAAAGAGCACACCAUGCAAACAUCCAGUAAUAGUACUACAAGAUGUGGCGUUCACAGAUCUCCAUGCGCUCGUAGAGUUCAUAUACCACGGUGAAGUGAAUGUUCACCAACGAUCUCUUAGCUCCUUUCUCAAGACGGCAGAAGUGUUGAGAGUGUCAGGACUGACCCAGCAGCAAGCUGAUGAAACACAUAAUUUAGCACAAGUACAAACAUCAACCGGAUCGGGCAGCCGAACACCGGUAGGCCAUCACCCCAGUUAUACGGAUAAGUUCGUCGAGGAUGCACUGUUCGCCCAGGGGGUGCCUCCAUCCUCACAUCUCAAUAACCCGCACCAUGCACCUGCAGCCCACGGCGGAACCUCGGUGAAUCUGCUGCUAAGAAGGGCUGCCGCAGCCGCCGCGCUCCGACGCGAGCGCAACAAUUCAAACCAGUCCGAUGAGCUCUCUAUGAAACGCCAUCGGAUGUCUACGGACAGCAACCUUCUUGGCAAUAACAACAACCUGGACGUAGUGAGUCACAUGCCCCAAAUAACGGCAACCGACUUCUCCACCAGCAUGAAAACCAACAGCAGUGCACCGCACUCCCCGCACAUAAAGGAACAGCACCGGCAUGAUAGCAAUAAGACGCCUAAUGGUUUUACUUUCAUUGCCACAGGUAACAACAACAAUAGCAUCAACAUUAACAACAAUACCAACAAUCUGAAUAACAACAACAAUAACAACAACAACAACAACCUAAACACUCACAGCAAAGAUAACUCAAAUGUGGCUGAUCAAGCCAGCAGUAAUCUAGUGAGUAUAGCAACCAACGGCGGAAACGGUGGUGGCAGCUUAGGUUCCCACACCGACAAGGAAAGCCUCACCCCGUCUCCCUCCGUGCGAUCCAACGAGGACGUCAAGUCGGAACCAAUGGAGCUAGUGUGCAGCUCGAAUGUCGAGAACGACAACAGUUCGGACUCGAUUGUGGAGGAUCAUCAUGAUAUGCCGCACCCUGCCGAUAUUAAGGGACCGAUCAGCUCUCCUCAUGAAGAUGAUAUGGACGGCAGCAUACAUUCCCACGCGGCGCCUCCUUUUCUGAUUUCGCCCGGAGAUCAGAAGUUGUUUGCCCCUCCAGGGUCGUUCAACUUCUCGAUGGCAGCGCUUGCGGCGGACCCUGCCGCUCUAGCAGCUUCCUAUCAAAUUCGUCUUCAUGAAACAGGUUUCAACCCACAAGCCCUCCAAGCUGCAGAACUAGCUGGUUCACCGCAAGGUAUGAACGCAGGACGACCGUCAUCUCCAUCGGAUUUGAACCACUCGGGCGGUGGCGGAGGAAACCGUUUGACCCUACCGCUUCCGCUGACUGCUUGCCAUCGAUGUGAUGUUUGCGGUAAAUUACUAAGUACAAAACUCACCCUAAAACGGCACAAGGAGCAACAGCACCUGCAACCGCUGAACAAUGCCGUCUGUAAUCUAUGCCACAAAGUUUUUCGCACACUCAAUAGCCUAAACAACCACAAGAGCAUAUACCAUCGCAGGCAGAAGCUGCUCCAUCAUCACCACCAGCACCAUGCUCAGCAUCCGUUUGCGUCGGUGGCGGCGGUUGCUGCGGCAGCUGGUGCUGCCAGUCCGUUACAUCACCCAUCGCAGCAUGCUCUGCUUGGCGAUGCAAGCGGCGCUGGGUGUGACAUGAAGCAUAGCAUUGCAAAGUUAGAAUUUCUCUAAGUGCUCUCCUCCCCCCAUUAGAAGCUUUCAAAUUUAUGAUUUGAAAUAUCCAACGGAGACUGCGCCUUAGUGUGGUGGCUCAAAAAACCACCCAACAUGUGCGCGCUAGUCUUGGUCAAUUAAAAUCAAAACAAUAUAACAACUUGCUAAAUAGUUUGACAAACAAAAAAAAACAUAGAAAAUGACGUUAUAACACAAACACUUAAAAAAAAAGUUAGAAAAAAUAAUUGUGAUUUUUUUCAUAGACAGAAAUACUCACGUUUAGUUGAAAAAGUAAUCAACUGAAGGCAAGUGUUUGUCGAAAUCGAAUAUAACACAGAUAAAUACUAAACGAUAGUCUUUUCGCCUGUAACGAGUUAUUUUGCAGAUUGUUUUCGAAAGGCAAACGCAACUAUUGUUGAAUCAUACUUUUGAAAUUCAUCAUAUUUAUUUAGUUUUAAUUUCAUUGAAACUUUAUUCAAAAUAUUUUUACGUCUGUCAUUAUGUCUACAUAAACCAUUUAAAUAUUUCUUCUAUGGUUAUAGGUGUUAUACAACCGCAGAGAGUUCUUUAUUUUAAUAUAUUUUCUACAAUAGUGCAAGAAUGAUUCGUUAGUUUAAUAUUUUUUGUUCACCGCACUGUCUGUGUAAAUGUAAUUGUUUUACUGAUUUAGUGGUACGACAAAAAAACGAGCUUAGACAAUAUCGAAAAAUUUAAGAGAAAAAAAACAAAGAUUGUUUAAGAGAGAAAAAAACAAAAACUGCGGACGACUCAUGAAGGUAGCUUUCGAAUUGACACAUACGGAACCUGUUUGUGGAGCCUCUGGAUUGGCCACCAAAUGGGUAUUACCAGAAAUACAAACGACUUAAUUCAAAAUUGCAUACUUAACACAAAUGUUGUGAUUAUUGCACGACAAACAAAGAGACUUAAAAUCCCUUUGAUGCAAUUGUUAUACGCUUGCUGCAGUCUUCUGAGAUUAGUGGUAAAAUGGAAUAAAAAAUCAACAUUUCGGUCAAUCGAGCUAUGUGCAAUAAUCUAUUUAAAUCAUUUGGCUGAACUACCACACUAGUUUCUCGAUGUUUGUAUUCUCUAAAGCGUUAUUGCUUUAACUUUUUAAGAACCCUUGAUUGUGCCUCAUCUCCCAGAAUGUUAGUGAAAAAACGACGCUCGUAACAUGAGCAACAAAUUGUUAAAUUAUUAUUCUAGUUUUAAUGCUCUGAAACGAAAUCGGUUCAACCAACCAGCAAUCCUUACAAUCUUGUAUAUGCAAAAAAGUAAGCUAAUGUAAGCAAAGUUAGUUUUUUUUUGCAAUUUUGUACAGAUUCUGUAUGGUUCUUACAAAAGAUUUUGAGACAAUUUAGCAUCCGCUUAUUGGGUUUAGAGCCAAUAUUAACAUAGAAAAGCCGUACUCUAGAAACACAAAGCAAUUGUGUUGUACUAUUAGAAUAAGUUAAAAUUUCCAUCAACAAAAUUUAGUUUUUGACUGCAAGUGAAAGCCACUUAGUAGUGUCAUGAAUUGAAUUUUUGUUUGGAACUGCAUCGUACAGUGAUCGUUCGCAAAUUGCUGCACGUCCAAUAGACGAAUUCACGGGUCAAAAACUCUAUAUAAAAACAUUGUAGACAUUGCCCUUAUGUUCAAUUAACUUGUAUUUAAACACGGGUAAAACAUGUAAACAUUCCCCUUAUAUAGUGUCAAAGGAUGUCAUGAUGCAAUCGUUAAUUCUGUUCACUAAUGUGGACGUUUUGUCGUCAAUGUUGUUUACUUUUUGCAUUGAAGAAAGAAAGAUUUUACACUCUAAAAGGUAUCGAUCCCGCGAUACAUAUGACGUUUGGCAGCUUUUAAUUGGGUCUCGCCGCAGUUAGCAAACCUUCAACUAAAGAAAACACAAUUAACGAACGUUCACUGUAAUUGUAAAAAUUAGAACAGUAACUGUCAACUGUUGACCUUUCCCGUUAAACAUUGUAUCUCCUUUCAUUGUCUUCUUCAGUUUAUUUGAUUUAUUUAAGGUCCCCUUUCUUGGGGUACACGUGUGAACCGGUGAGAGGAUUUGGCCUGAUUUUGGGUAAAAUUCAAGGAAAUGUUAAGCUAAACAUAAAAAUAGAAACUUUUUGAUUUUAAAUGUUAGAAAAUUUGACCAUAAUAAAGUGAGCGACUAACAAAUUUUGACAGAAAUGGCCAAUUUAUGGUGUAGGAAGCCAUAGCCGUUUGCACGAAUUUGGAACAAACCCUUUCUCGAAUUCAACGUUUGAUCAGUAGUAGAUCAAUUCUUUGGCAUCGAAACUACUGCUUUAUCUACAUCAUAAUAAAUCAAUAAUUUACAUAGUAUAGGCGAACAGAUACUACGUUACUGUACAUUUGAACCGUUUGUUUGAGAAACUGCAUAUGUAACAUUCUUGGCAAAAAUGAGAUUUUUAUAAUUUUUGUUCGGAAAUGUGCAUAUGUACACGCACUUUGAAGAGCAAUUAUGGAGUACAACUUGCAGUCUUCGAACUGGAAGUACCCUAUGCUGUUGAGUUUUAUCCAACGCUAUUUAUAUGUAUCGAUGAAAUGGGAAAAUUCGGUACCAAUUUGUUAAAAAACAUUUUUUGUUGUUUUCUCUGAAUUACGAAAAAUGGAAAUAAAAAUCCGAUCAAUUAUUUGAGUUUUUAAGGUUAGCUUUCUUAACACAAUAAUGUUUUUUACGCUUUAAUAUAGUUUUAGAAUUUCAGAACCAGUUCAAGCCAAUUCUUUAGACCGGCAUUCACAGCAGCAUUUUUUUUCAUUUUUUCCAAUUUUUAAAAUAGUUAGAUUAAAAUCAAAUUGUUCGGAGCAUUAAUUUUGAAAAUGAAUCUAAUACAUUCAUCCCAGUAGGCCACUCUAGGUUCUUUGUUUAUAACAGUAGUGUUUCAAAGGUUAACCCUUAACCUACCGUAACGAGUCUUUAUGACUGCAAAUGGCUCGUUCUUAGUCAAUUAUGAAUUAACCAACAAGCGGUUUUAUGAGUGAGCAAGGAGAAUUAUAAUAUGAAAAGAUGGCGGGUGUUCAAACAAUAUUUUACUUUUACUAAAAUGACGUCCAAUAUGUAAAUUAUAGAAAUAGAAUAUAGCCGUCUAAAACAAAAUUUAGAAAACGGCCUUUCGACACUUCCUACGAUUUAAAUUCCACAAGAUAUACUGAUGGUGUAGGAUAAUGCUAAAAUAAAACUGGUUAUUCGGUGGCAACUGAAUAGGUUCCGGAAAUUGCUGGAAUCUUCGGAUGAGGAUGCCAGAAUUGAAUAGUGGAGGAAAUCAUUCUUCCGUCACCUCAAAUUCUUCAGAAUUUUACCAGGAAUAAGAAAAACUCAUAGUUUGCUCUCGGAAUGCAAAAGGUUAACCGGAGUGCGCCACGUUAAACAUGAGUCGUCAUCUUCUUUAUUGGCUCUACAUUCCAACUGGAACUUGGCCUGCUUUUCAACUGAAUACUCUAUUAGUAUUUCCUCAGCGAUUAAUUGAAAGCUUUUCUAUGCCCGUCAUUGCAUGAGUAUGUAUAUUGUGUGGCAAUUAUAAUGGAUACACUAUACCCAGGGUAUCGAGAAAGUUUCCAACCCGAAAACAUCCUAGACCGAACCGAAAUUCGAGCUCGCCAAUCUCCGGGAUGGCAAUCCUACAUCUUUGCACGCAAGGCUACUAGAGACCCAUAAGCAGUGCCGUAGCGUGUGGUUGACCAGGUUGGCCCCCACCAAGGGCACCAGGCCUUACGGGGGCGCCAAAAUUAAGAAUGCCGCUAUGGUAAAUUAUCACAAAUUCUUCAAAGUGAUUCAGAUUCAAGCGAUCAGACGAUUUUUUCGGGAACCAACGAUUCCGUAAUCAACUGUUUUACUAUUAUCCAGAGAGCCCUUUUCCGUUAAUAACUGAUGAAGGUAUCAGAACGAUGGCUCAGGGGGCACGUUUCCAUGAAUUUGGAAGAUUUGUGCCAUCGCCUUCACUGUCUUUCACAUAAUUUAUUUGCCGGAUUUGGAAGUAAAGAAAAAAGAUAGAAGAGGAAAUGCAAAUGGCAAAGAGACGGAACAGGCAUCUGAAAAAAAGCCCUGGAAGGGAAAUUUUCAAUACGCUAGUGGCAAAACACAGAGUAGUAUAGGUACAUGGAAGCGGUUUUUGAGAUUGUGUGUGAACUUGAGAAAAAAAACUCAUUUUACACAGAAAAACUAUUUGAGGUCCGAAAACGAUCGCAUUUGAUCCACCCGAUACUAUUAAACCAGAAACUUGUAUGAGUUCAAUAGUGAAAGGAAAAAGCGAAGAUGCUGAAUAUUCGAUGAGUAUUGAUAAUAUGAGCUUGAUUUUUUCUCUUGAUUCUAUAUUAACUGGUUAAGCUUUAAACGAGGAUGAGCAUUUGAAAUGAUCACUCAUCUUACAGCAUACGGAAUACGAGAAUCUGCAUCAAGAGAUUUCUAUAAUGAUGGCAACUGAUUUACUUCAAAGUUGAAUUUUAUUGGUCCUAGCAAUUCCAACAGUGCCACUAAACUACCGACAGACUAAACACAAUUCUAGCCAUUAAUCAACCCAUUCCAGACUUGGUUAAUACGACUAGGUCCAAUCGUUAUUACGAAAAUCUUCUAAUUCACUCCAGAGUUGAUUUUUUUUUAUCAGUAUGGCGAUUCUGAAGGACACCCAAUCCAAUCACCGACCAGUACAUUUUAUUUGCCUACCUAGAUCCACUAGCGCGUAAAUUCAAAAAUUCAUAAAAAAUUCAAUGGAUUUCUACGAAUUUUCUAAUAUUUCUAUAAUAUUUCUACGAACUAGUAAUCAUUACUUCCUAUCUCUAUAUUGGAACAUAUGAUAUAGCCUUCAAGAAUCAGGUUUAAGGAACCGGAGACGAGCCAGCCUAGGGCUGAAAGUCUCCUUAAUAAAGUCAAAAAAAAAGGUUUGACGAAUUCAUAAAAAAAAAUUGAUACGCCCCGCAAAUAAUUGAUUUUAAAUCACCCUGCUUUGAUUGCGUUUUUUGUUUUGAAUAUCUGCAAGAAAAUAAAGGGCGUCCUGUAAAGGUUUUGUCUAUAAAUUAGACAUAAAUACGUUUGGCAUAAAAGCCAUUGAGCUGUUCUUUGGGGAAUUUUAUGCCUAACGUAUUUAUGCUUCAUGGCCCUACACCUAAUGCAAGUAUGCCCAACCAGGCCAUACCCGGUUAUCCGAUAGCCAUGUAGCUCCUGGAACCCCGGUAUGAUAUGGAGGCAUGAGGCCAAAAUUUACCAAAAGGAGAGAUCAUCCAUACGGCACCUCAAAUUCUUCAGAUUUUCAUGAGUUUUAGAGCGAUUCUCAAAGUUUCUGAAACUCCUGAACUAUCCAGUAAGGCCAAAAUUGAAUUGUUAUGCAAAUUAUUCGUCCGACACCUCGAGCACAUUAUAAUUUCAUCCGAAAACAACAGAGGUUCAUCGUUUCCUAUCGAAAUACAAAAGGUUAGCCGGUGGUAUCGAAAAAAAGUUCCGGAUUGCCUGAAAUCUCUAGUAGGAAAAUCAUUCGUCCAAAACAUCGAACUGUUCAGCAUUUCAUAAGUAGCCGAGCAAUUUCCAUAGUUCAUUGCAAUGGAAUUGGUAAUAGUUACGGUAAACAGUGAAGGAUUUUAUUCGCAUGCACAGGAUUUCUUGAGAAAAUUGAACUCCUGAACUACCGAUAGAAAAGGACAAAUUUAAAUAGCAUGGGAAAUUAUUCGUCCUUUACCUAAAAUGUCGCGUAAAACUGUCAAAAUAUAGAAAAAAUAUUCCAGAACUGACACAAAUGACAAAUGCCACACUCGAAAAUGUCAAAGAGUCAUAGUGACACGUUGGUCCCGCCAUCUUCUAGUACUAUUCCCCUUGAUCACACAUCUGCCGUGAUCGGAAAAAUUGACGUUUUAACCAUUUUCCAAAAAUGGUGUCAACGAGUAGUACUCAUCGCGCUCUUUAACAGAAAAAUGGAAAACCAGUAUGUUGUAAUUUGGCGCAUACGACACUUUUUCAGAUUACGGCAGUCAUGGAACCGAUUGUUAUUUGAUUAAAAAAUAAUUGAGAAUGCGAUUCGUCCUGCAAUAAGGGGGUUGGAAUUAUCAUAACGCUCAGUUCAAUGUUUCUCUAUUUGAACGACGAAUAAACAACGACAUUCAAAUAUUUUUCAAAUGUUUUGGUGCAUUAAAGGGUAAUUUUAUUUCAACGGAUGAAUACACUUUGCAAUAUCGGCGCGUUUCUUAACAGCAGCAAAAUUAGUUUUUUUAUUUAAAAGUUUUAUCAAACAUAGAUUCAAUACUGCUGAGAACGCCAAAGUUUCAUAAUAUAUCAAUCAUAUUUAGAAAUCUGUCAUAUGAUCAUAUGAGAAAUCUGUCAACGUAACCGUAUCCUAUGUGGGGGGCUCUUGAGAUUUUCGUUUAAUCCAAUAAGGCUCACAAACAACCAUGCGUUCACCGUGCAUUUCUCAUGCAUGGAUCAUUUUGGCUCAUCCACAAUGCGUUUUUUCAAACACCCGGGGUCAAAAUGAAGAACAAAAAAAACUUCAGAUAACACAAGUAAUUACGAGAAAUCUUCUUCAAAUUUCUCAUGAAUCCUAAGUAUUCGGGAACCAGGAAUGGUGGCCACUUACCCACACAACAUGGGCGUAAUAAGAGAGAGACUGGCGCAUGAAUAGAUCCUUGAGUGCAGGAAUUAUGAAAGUUUAGUUCAGUUUGAAGGCAACGAUGCAAAAAGAGUAUUUAUUGAAUUAUGUAACAGUCCACGUUCGAUCAAAAUGAUAAAUCAAUACCAAAUUUUCGAAACGAUUAAUUUGCUUAGGUAAACAAUAAUUCAAACGUCAAUAUGACGAAUCUGAUAACAAAUCCACGCAAAUAAGCACCUUCCAGGUAGGUAGGUAGGUAGCAGAAGCCUUCAUCUAGACAUACUAAUGCUUUAAUGUUUCCGAGCAUACGAUGCUAUUUUUGCAACCAAGGUGUGAUUUUCGAAUAUUUCCUUGAAAGCAAAAACUAUCAAAGCAUAGAUAAAAAAAUGAUGUAGCGAUAAUGCACAACAACAGGGUGAAAAGAAAAGUUAGCAACAAAAUUGUCUCCUUUUUAGAUGCUGACAAAAAAAAAACAGAUUUUUGUCAUUAUUAUCUCCAACAAAAACAAAGCUUUGUGUUUGGUUCUUUUUUGUUCCUUAUUUUAUAUGCGCAUCGAUGACAUAUUGAUUCCCUUAUUGAUGCUAUUGGUUUGCGUGGGAGUGCUAACAGAUUCGUCAAAUCGAAUCUUUGUUUACAAAAGCAGAUAAGUCGUGUUGAACUUGGCUACUGUUAGAAUUGGAAACAAACGGAAAAGCUCGUUUCCUACAGCUAAUAAUAAUUUCUUUCCUAUCACAUUGCAAUGAUCUAAUUAACGUAUGCAAGCAAAGUUUUUGGAACAGACAAACUGCAUACUUAAAUUAUUUUGCCUACCUCAGCAAAAAAGCCAAAAACACGGUGAAUAGUGUGUGCAGCACUUUUUAUAUUUAUAUACACUGAUGGGCAUAAGUAUUCGACAUGUUUUAAUAGUACUUCGAAUACUUUUAUCCAUCAAUGUAUAUAAUAGGCACUCUACGAUGGUCGAUGUUAAACAUUUCGACCUCUCUCUCUUUCUUUCAAUUUAAAUACGCAUUAUAGCGCAAAUGUAAUGGAGAAUCCUAUUAAUAGAUAGCAAGUAGGGGAAUUGAUCCCAUUUCCAUUUCGCUAAACAUUCUCAAACCUUUGGUUUGCUGAACUAAUUAAAAAUUACAAAGAUAAGAAACAAAUCAAUCUUUUCAUUGCCUUGUUUGAUUGAAGUCUAUUGAAAUAAGUCUCUGAAAGUCUCUCAAAUAAAAAUAAAAAAUAAAUCGCCGGACGAAGAUUGAUCGUAGCUUUGUGGCAAAGCAUAAGUGAAAUGCAUAAGUUCACACAUUUUAUACAAUUUUUAUACCUUUGUCUAUAGGUGAACACCUCAUUGCAGUGUUGAAAAAAGUCAUAAAAAUGUCAUGGGAUUGCUAUUGAUUUUGAACUAAUAACCUUUUUCUAAAGUUAUUUACAAUUCAAUUUUUUUAUAUGAAUUUUAAGGAUCCUAUCCUAGAACUUUGUCUAAGGAAAGGUUCAAAAAUGACGUCACAGAUGCUAGGGAGGAGGAGGUCUAAAAUUUUGUGACAGUACAUAUACUAGAUAUACAAAAAGCGUGACAGAAGGGAAAGGUAGGUCUAGAAAUCGCCUCUAACAGACCAUUGUUCGAGAUUCAACGUGUAAGACACAAGAGCGAAAUUACCAAAAUGUCACGGAAUGUCAUGACAUUAAUGUCAUUUGUCUCUAAUUCGGUUCUCACCCCCAUUUGAAGCAAUGACCUGUCAAACAAUCCGAAAAUUGCCUAGACGGGAAUUGCACCGGGAAUCGAACCCAGCCACCCUCAGCAUGGUCUUGCUUUGUAGCCGCGCGUCUUAUCGCACGGCUAAGGAGGGCCCCUUAAAAUAUUGGUCCAGAAAAUUAAAAGUUGGUAGAUGUAGCAUUGUUAGAAAAUUAUAAAAUCUAGAAACUCAUGCACGAUUUAAAGAAGCGUGAGGCAAAAUGCUCCGCACCCAUCGUCCAAAAAAUAAGUAACUUGUGUAACGCAAAAUGAGAGCUGUAUGCUGUCUUGAGAAUUUGCUCGCCAAGGGGUUAAAAUUCUUCAAUCAUUCGUUUUUUCCUAACCACUGGUUGAGAGGCACUAAAUAUUUUAAAAUAAUAUUUUUAGCAGUCAGUUUAUGUGUUGUUGAAUAAGAAAAAAAUAUUUCUUGAAAACAAAUGAGGCACUACUAAUUAUGUUUUGAAACAAUUAAAGCUAAACAAGAACUUAAAAUUAGCGAAAAUAAACAAAAGUUUAUGAGUUGUUCGACGACUGACUAGGUUUAACAAAACAAAAACAAAAAAUAUUUAAGAAAUAUUAACCAAUCAGAAACUGCAAAAGGGGCAAGAAAAGACACAUUCAAAAUUUUGUAGUUACCACAUAUAAAAUAGUAUUAGAAGAGAAAUUUUUAAUGUUGAACGAAUCGGAACAUCUUGCUCCUAUGCUUUUACUCGCGGAGUGCAAACGAAUGAAGAAAAAAAGAAACUUAUAUAGAAAGCGAAUGAGAUGCAAAAGAUAAAAAAAAUCUGUAUAGACAUACAUUUAUUACUAAACUACCGAAUUGGAAUUGGAAUGUGAUUGAUUUCGAAAUUAGUAAUUAUUAUGAAAAUCGAAAUUCAAAAUUGUUAUCAAAGUGAAUUAUUUAUGCAAAACAUGUUUGUGAUUGUCAAAAAAGACUGAAAAUUAAAAAUUAUAUUUUUUUAUGUAAAUUAUCGGAUUGGGCUAAAAAUUAUAAGGACAAGUAAUUUAAAAGUAAUCAAACAAAAGUCUGAUUUUGAUAAUUCGAUACCAAAAUUACUAUUAAUGAAAAUAUAUUUAUAAAAUCAAACGGAAAAUCUGGCAAUUUUUAGAAGACUUUAAAAAUAAAAAAAUAUUCUAUUUAUUUUUAUUUUAUUUUUUUUUUUUGUUAUUUAUACGUUUAUUUAUUUUGUUUUCGAAACAGAAUGAAAACUACCGGAAAAAAUUAAAAUCUCAUUUCCUCUUCUUUGCAAAUAUAAAAAUGUACACAUGAAUACAGUCCCUCCGCGUACGUUAGCUGUUUUAAACACAAAUCCAGUAAUCUAUGAAAACAACAGAAAAGAAUGCAUUGUAUAUAUGAAGACCCUUACUACACAAUGUAUCAAACAGAAGUACUAACAAAACAGAAACAAAUACAUACGACUGCAAUUCGCUUAAUUAACACACACCUACAUAUUGAAACUGAAUCAUUCAAAACUCCUAAGUUGAUACUGAAAGGGUUUAUGUUCAAUCUCCAAUAUCAGACGCGUUAACUAUUAUCGAUACAAUUACGCCACAAACCACGAGCCGACAACUAUAUAGAAUGAAAAGUUUAUUCAGCACUAUCCAUUAGCUUCUUAAUACAGUACACAAACACACAUCUACUAAUAUAGCUACACUUGAUUUGGUCUACGUCUACACAAAGAAAAACAAAUAACAAACAAAUAUAUUAAAGAUUUUAACGAUAACAAUGAUGUACUAAGGAACAAAUACAAGAAGUUUAUUUUUACAAGUAUCACAUUGAAUAGCUCAUUAUAGAAUAAUUUUUUGUACGUUUCCAUACUUAUUUUAUAUCAAUAUAGUUAAUUGUUCACUCAUAAAUGGAAAAAUAGAUCAGCUUGUGUCUAUGUUAUAAUGCAUUUGUAUUGAAUUCCAUGUUGCAAAUUUUGGCAUUUCUAUUUGUAGGCGACAGAGCAAACAAGAUAAACAAAAAAACAUUUUAGUUUCCGUACCAUCAGAGCGAAGGUAAAUGAGACCUUUGUUUCUUAAGCAGGAUUAAGCAUUAAAUAGCAUUUUUAGACAGUAGAGACAAGUAUGAUAAACGAUCUGAAUCUAUUUUCCAGCAUCUCGACAACAAAAAUCUUUAACGCAUCCAAGUAUGCGCGCUAAGUGUAUGGAAUGAGGAAAAUCUAAAUGCAAAAAAAAACAAAAACAAAUUGAAGGGAUAUUUAUUUACAUUGAAUAAAAGCAACGGCAAACUAACCGUGAAAAUUGAUCCGCGAAACAAUUAAUGAAACAGAAACAAUAUAUUUCUUCUUAAAAAAAUUACCGUUAAAUAAGCAUUUAAAGAAUAUGUUUAUUUCACUGAAAACAUUCAGAAUACUAACACAUGAUCAAUAUUUUUUACAAAUAUACGAUAAAAAAUAAACAAAA